GACAAAAAAAAGUCAAAAUGGUGAAAAACACGCAACAGUUUCGAUUCUUUUAGUAAAUAAAUGUCUAAAUUUGUAGUAAUUAAAUUCACGUACAGUGUUCAAUAUGUGAGUAAUCGUGUUCGAAUGACCCGAAGAUUAAAAUAAUAACGUGUCACUCACGGAAAGGGAGCGAAAAUUGAUGACGAAGGCCAUUCGACAUCGCGUUGUCAUCUCGACCUCACAAAUGAUCUGCAUUUUACUCUUGUUUUGGGAGUGCAAAUGUUGACUGGUAGUUAAUGAUAUUGAAUGAAAUGAAAGAAUGAAACGUGACACUAUUAUAACCUGCGGGGAGCCAAAUCACAGAGCAAGAACGAUGACAACAGUACUGGAUGGCAGCUACCAACAGCUCGAUCCUUAUUCAGGAGAGGAUGGAGAUGGAGGAGGUGAUGACCCCGACGAAACACCACAUGAAUCUGGUGUCAUGAUUCAUGUGGUACCAGAGGGAGGAAAAGCGAGAUGGAAUCAUAUAGAAGAUUUAGAUUCUUUCUUUACAAGAAUGUACCAUUACCAUCAGAAGCAUGGAUUUGCCUGUAUGAUGCUGCAAGAAGUUCUUGAACUAGGUCAAUUCAUUUUCGUCGUCACAUUUUCAACUUUCCUCUUUCAUUGCGUUGACUAUUCAGUACUAUUCAAAGAUAAAGUAAUAGGUAAUGAAUCGCAUAAAGUAUCAAUAAGCGACGCAAUCCUACCAAGAAGUGAAGUUUUAGCAUCCAUGGGUGUAUUAACGCGUAUAUGUAUUUUAAUAGCCAUAAUUUUUUGGAUUUUACGUCUAGUAAAAGUUUUAUAUCAUUUAACACAGUUUUGGGACAUAAAAAUGUUUUUUAAUACUGCAUUGAAAAUCGAAGAUAGCGACCUUGACAAUCUAACUUGGCAUGAAGUCCAGAAACGCGUUAGAGAAGUGCAAAAAGAUCAAGAAAUGUGUAUACAUAAAAGAGAAUUAACUGAAUUAGAUAUUUAUCAUAGAAUAUUGAGGUUCAAAAAUUAUAUGGUUGCUAUGAUCAAUAAAUCGCUUCUACCUGUGAGACUUAAAGUCCCUAUUUUUGGAGAAUUUAUUUUUAUGACAAGAGGAUUAAAAUAUAACAUGGAGCUGUUAUUGUUUUGGGGACCUUGGUCGCCUUUUGAAAAUAAUUGGCACCUGAAAGAGGAUUAUAAGAAGUUAAAUAAGCGACAAGAGCUCGCGCGAAUAUUGUCUAAACAUAUUUUAUGGGUUGGAAUAGCUAAUUUUAUCCUUUGCCCUUUGAUAUUAUUGUGGCAAAUUUUGUAUUCAUUUUUUAAUUAUGGAGAGAUUAUCAAACGAGAACCAGGAACUCUAGGAACUCGAAUGUGGUCUCUCUAUGGCAGACUUUAUCUCCGUCAUUUUAAUGAGCUAGAUCAUGAAUUAAAUGCUCGAUUAAAUCGUGCCUAUCGUCCAGCUUCAAAAUAUAUGAGUAUAUUUACUUCACCCGUGAUGACAGUAAUUGCAAAAAAUGUUACAUUUAUUUGUGGUAGUAUUCUUGCUGUACUUCUGAUACUGACAGUCUACGAUGAAGAUGUUUUAACAGUAGAACACGUUCUCACUACCAUGACUGUACUAGGAGCUCUCGUGGCAGUUGCUCGUGCUUUUAUUCCUGACGAAAAUCUAGUUUGGUGUCCAGAAACUCUCCUCACUGCAGUUUUGGCACACACUCACUACCGACCAGACAGCUGGAAAGGUCAUGCUCAUACCCAAUCUACACGAGCUCAAGUAGCUCAGCUUUUUCAAUAUAGAGCUGUUCAUCUUCUCGAAGAAUUAUUAUCGCCCCUUCUUACUCCAUUUAUCUUAUGUUUCCGGAUGCGUAAUCGAGCCCUAGAUAUUGUUGACUUUUAUCGGAACUUUACUAUCGAAGUUACUGGAGUUGGCGACGUUUGUAGCUUUGCCCAAAUGGAUGUCAGAAAACAUGGUCAUCCAAUGUGGCAAACUCUUCCUAUUACACCUGAAGAAGAUCGAACUGAUGGCUUUUAUAAUUUGUAUGAUGGACCACAAACCUUACAAGUGCCAGCAUCUAACCAGUAUACUCAAGCAGAGGAUGGAAAAACAGAGCUCUCAUUAAUUCACUUUACAUUAACUAAUCCAGAGUGGAAACCUCCGAGCCAUGCAGAGUCAUUUGUUACUGCUUUACGAGAACGAGCACGAAGAGAAGUUGAUACUGUUCCCACAGAUAUAAUGAAUCCUUUGAUGACUAGUCUGAAUAGUCUCUCAAGUCUUGGACCUGGUUAUAACGAUAUUGUAUCCAACAUUAUUCGUAAUACAGUCGUAAACCACCUGAGUGUACCGAGUAUGAGCAAUAUAUUCGCAAAUCAAUCGACUGUAGCAAGCACCUCAGCUGUCGAAGCAUCAGGUAAUCAUUCUGAUGGAUUAUCAAGUGUUGUGAGACGCGGAAUGAGUAAAGCUGAAGGACCACUACAUAAUGAAAGAGGUCUUCUGUAUGGCUUGCAACAAGGUAUAUCUAAUCAAUCUCUUGGUGCUUCCGUGUUUGGAUCAGGUCAGGAAAUGACACCGGAUUUAUCAAUUCCUGUCGAAUUUACUGCUGCUGAUAUGUCUUUAUCUACUUUGUACCUGCAUGAACUUCAUCAUAGACAAAUAAGACGACGAGGAUACCAGGAAAUGGCAACGAGAAGUAUAUGGCAGCGAAGUCCCGUUCAAGAGUUAGCUACUUUACCGGAAGUGAGACAAGAAAGAGCACCUUUACUGCAACAUCAAGAUUCUUCUAUACGCUCAGCCCGAGACUCCUAGCAUCAAUAUUUAGUUUAAUUCAAUUAAUGCCUAGUGAACUGGUGCAAUCAUUGACCCUUUAAAUUAAUAAAGUAUUUUCAUUGAUCUAAUUACAACUUUAUCAUUUAUUAUAAAUAAAAAAAUUUUUUUCAACAA